GUUUGCCACCACCAUCUGCCUACCGGCGCUAGUUUCUGCCUGAACACUCUGUGUCCGCACGACUCCAGUGCUCAGUUCAACUUAGCCGAACUCAAUUCUCUGUUCGCGCAAGCCCUUUUUGAUCGAAACCCCCACGGCUAAGAAAGCCACCAGUCCCAACACACAAACUUGACCCAGGAUGUCUGACGAGGAGAACCGCGCGGGCCAGCAGGAGGAGGAGCAGGUGAAGUCGGAGGAUCCGAAUGCGCCUAUCAAUAUUAAGGUCGUGAGCUCGACGGGCGAGGAGGUGUUCUUCAAGAUCAAGCGCAACACGAAGCUGAGCAAGCUGCAAGGCGCGUACGCGAACAAGGUCGGGAAGGAUGUGUCGAGCAUUCGCUUCAUCUACGAGGGGGCCAGAAUACAAGACGACGACACGCCGGGAUCGCUCGACAUGGAGGAUAACGACACGAUCGAUGUUAUGGUUGAGCAGGUCGGUGGCGCACGCAGGCACUAGCAUAGAAUCUGGCCGCCACAACGCCCCAACGCUUCGACCCCAUCAUCGCUUUCUUGUUGCAUGUUUCUUGCCUCCCUGUGUAUUGCAGCCACUGUAGGUAGUAUUGACCGAAAUGUAUUAUCGCUUGCUCUUUCUUGACCUCGCAUUCUGUCCACUACGGCGUGCGGGGUGUCCCCGAGCCAUUGCAGCCUUCUCGUCUACUUUCUGUCCUGCCGAGCUGUUGACCACCGGAGC